UUCUUUCUUCUUCUCUCUGAUUUUCCCAUAGGAUUUCCUUAGAUCUCUAUUUUCAUACUCUCUGAAAUCAUGUCUUUGUUACCACCGAAGAAUUCCACCACCUCACUUGUUCAUCCCAACUUGCAAAACCACAAGGAGGAGACGAGCCUCGAACACUUCUCCGAUGAUGUCAUUACGGAUUAUAUCUACACCAAACAUCGUGAGGACGAUAAGAUCAAGAUUGAUGUCGAUAAUUAUAUCUCAUUGGUUGAAAGCAUCAUUAUAACUGCUGAUCGAAUAACCGAUAGCGUUUCUCGUGUUAUUGAAGGGCGUAUGGCAUCUGGAAGUGACUCUUCACUCAAUCUACCUCUUUGUACUCUACAUCGAAUCUCCAGUGAGUUGGCAUGUAAAGCACCCGGGAUUGGAAAAGCCCACGAGACGACAAUGGAGAUCCUUGACAUACUAAUCAGCUAUCCAUGGGAGGCAAAGGCAAUUCUAGCCCUCGCAGCAUUUGCCACUGAUUAUGGAGACUUAUGGCAUCUCAACUAUUACUUCAAAACAGACCCACUCGCAAGAACAUUGGCCAUCAUCAAACAAGUCCCUGAGCUAAAAAAACAUUUGUACACUCCCAAAUAUCGGCAAGUGUUUCUUAGUCCUCGCUGUCUGAUCCAUGGUUGCUUGCAAGCCAUCAAAUACAUGAUAGAGAUUAAGAAUUUCUCAAAGUAUGAUAUCAAGGAGCUCACUGAGUUGUCUUCUGCCAUUCGCCAAAUCCCUUUGAUUACUUAUUGGAUUAUACACAUUAUUGUUGCUUCCAGAACUGAAAUUUCUGGUUACUUGACUGCUACUCAGGGUCAAUCACAAAAUUAUUUGAAUGAGUUGACAGAAAAGAUCCGUUCCAUACUCUUCACACUCGAAAACCAUUUGAAUAUCAUACGAGAACAGCAAGAAGAGAUUAACCUGUAUAAAUGGUUGAUGGAUCAUGUUGAUAAUUUUCCUACUGAAUUAUCAUUGGUUUUGUCGAAGUUGAUUGAGGGGAAGAUGGAAGCUAAGCCAUUCAUAGAUGGUUCCACUCGAAAAAAGGUUAGUGUUGAAAAUAGUUUGAGGAGGAAGAAGGUGAUAUUAGUAAUAUCUGGAUUAAAUAUUUCCGAGGAAGAUAUUAAGGCACUUCAUAUAGUUUACAAUGAAUUGCAUGGAGAAGAUAAAUACAAGAUUGUUUGGAUUCCAAUUAUCAACCCAAAUGAUGUUGCUGAAGAAAACAAACAAAGGUACGAGGAUUUAGUGUCCAAAAUGCCAUGGUAUAUAGUGCAAUACACGGAAAAAAUUGCAGGGUGGAGGUUCUUAGAAGAAAAUUGGCAACUCAGAGAUGAUCCAUUAGUUGUUGUUCUUAAUUCACAAUCCAAAGUGGAAUUCACAAAUGCGAUUCAUCUUAUUCGAGUUUGGGGAUCUGAGGCUAUUCCCUUCACGAAUCAGAAACUUGACACUUUAUUGAGAAAGAAUUGGCCAGAGUCUACUAUUCUGAAAUUUACUCACCACCCAAGAUUAAACAGUUGGAUCAACCAAGACAAGAGUAUCAUAUUCUAUGGAGGAAAAGACCCAAAAUGGAUCCAACAAUUUGAGGACAAAGUGAUAGACAUUAAAAACGAUUCGUUGUUAAGAGCCAAAGGGAUCACAUUUGAGAUUGUACGCAUAGGAAAGAACAUUGCAGGAGAAGAUGAUCCUAGACUCAUGUCUCGUUUUUGGGUCACGCAAUGGGGUUUCUUCAUAGUCAAGAGUCAGAUAAGAGGUUCGAGUGCAAGCGAAACAACCGAAGAUAUUCUGCGGUUGAUAUCUUACGAAAACGAGAAUGGUUGGGGCGUCGUAACGGUUGGGUCUGCGCCUCUCCUUGUUGGUCGUGGCGAUUUGAUUUUGGCUGUGUUGGAAGACUUCAGAAAAUGGAAACAAAUUCUGAACUUAAAAGGUUUUGGUGAUUCUUUCAAAGAUUAUUUCAAUGAGCUUGCUGUGACGACUCAUCAGUGUGAUAGAGUGACUCUUCCAGGAUUUAGUGGAUGGAUUCCAAUGGUUGUCAAUUGUCCUGAAUGUCCUCGAUUCAUGGAAACUGGUAUCAACUUCAAAUGUUGCCACGGUCGAACUCACAUGUAAUGAUGGAAAAUGCAGGGUCGGGUCGGGUCGGGUCGGGGUGUUCUUCAGCUACUUUAUGAUAACAUAUACGAAAUAAAUCUAGUUUUUUAGGCCAAUGCAGUUAUUAGAUGUUGGUGUUAAGCCUGCACCAUCUAUAUGUUUAAUUUUUUGAAUAAGAUUUUUUACUCAUAUUAUAAUGCCAAAUAAUGAAGGAAAAAAG